GGAGCCGACGCUCCGCCCUCAGGGCCGUGCCGGGCCGUGCCGGGCCGUGGCGCGGGGUGCGGGUCUGGGCCGGGCGGUGGUCGCCGCCGCCAUGGAGCGGUUCUUGGGGGGGCGGCGGGCGGCCCUGCAGGAGCACAUCCAGCGUCGCCAGGAGGUGCACGUGGUGAUGGGCAACGAGGCCUGCGACCUGGACUCCACCGUGUCCGCCCUGGCCCUGGCGUAUUUCCUGGCGAAGACCUCCGUGCCCCCCAAAGCCGCCUUCAUCCCGGUGCUGAACAUCCCACGCGCCGACUUUGCCCUCCGCACGGAGACGACGUUUCUGCUGCGGGAGCACAGCAUCCCCGACUCCUCGCUCAUCUUCCGCGAUGAGAUCGACCUGGCUGGGCUGCACAGGGCUGGGCUGCUCUCGCUGACGCUGGUGGACCACCACGUCCUGCCCAGCACCGACGCAGCCCUGGAGGAGGCCGUGGUGGACGUGCUGGACCACCGGCCGCUGGAGCGGGAGUGGGCACCCAGCUGCCAGCUCACGGUGGAGCUGGUGGGCUCCUGCGCCACGCUGGUGACGGAACGGAUCGCCCAGGGCCCCCCGGGCGUGCUGGACCGGACCACGGCCGCGCUGCUGCACGGCACCAUCCUGCUGGACAGCGUGAACCUGAGCCCCGCCGCCGGCAAAGUGACGCCUCGCGACGUGCUCUGCGUCUCCCUGCUCGAGUCGCGCUUCCCGGAGCUGCCGCCCCACGACAGCAUCUACGGAGCGCUGCAGGCGGCCAAGUUUGACGUCUCAGGGCUGACGACGGAGCAGAUGCUGCGGAAGGACCUCAAAACCGUCUCCGGGGAUGAACAAGUCCUUGCCAUCAGCGGCGUCUACAUGGACAUAGAGCUCUUCCUGCGCCGCCCCGGUUUGCUGCAGGACCUGGAAACGUUCUGCCAGACUCGUGGCUACUCCGUGCUGGUGGCCAUGACCGUUUCCUUUAACGACUGCUAUGAGCCCACGCGGCAGCUGGCGGUGUACAGCCAACACGAGGCCCUGCGGAGCACGGUGUGCCGUGCGCUGGAGGAGGCCACGACCCCGGCGCUGCACCUGCAGGCCCUGCCCAGCCCCUGGCCCUGCAUCAGCGCCUACGCGCAGGGCAACACGCUGGCCUCCAGGAAGAAGGUGCUGCCCAUCCUCCGGGCCGCUCUGGGGGGAGGGCCGGGCACUGCAGCGGGGCCGGAGGAGGAGGCGGCCCCUCCGCCCACCCCGAUGAACAGCCUGGUGGAAGAGAGCCCGCUGGCGCAGGCCGUGCCCCCCGUCUGCCCCCAGGCCGUGCUGGAGCGGGUCAGCCGCAUGGCCGCCGAGCAGCCCGACUCCGACAAGUGAGGGGUCCCCGGUGGUGCUCGGGGUGCUGUGGGGGUCACAUCCCCAGCACGGAGCUGCAGCUUCCUCCGUCUGAGCCUGGCUGACUGCUGCAGCCCCCUCCUCACUGCCGCCUGCCCCUAAUGCCCCCUCUUCCCGCUGGGGUCGGUGCUGUGGGGCCUGCAAGGAGCGGGGCAGCACGUGGUUAAUGAACGCACUGAGGGGGGGUUAAAGAAUUCUUCCCCUCCUGACUGUUGCGAGGUCAGGGGGGCUGAAGUCCUGGGUCUGGGCACUGCAAGGCUGGAGACUGUUAGCCACCAUUUCAGGAUUAAAUUUACCUCUUCUCCCCC